AUGUACAGCGUGCAACAAAAUAUAACAAGGAGACUGCUUAGCUCGAUAACCAAGUUCGACACCAAGAAAUUUGUGCAGUCGCUCCAGACGAAGGGGAAGUUUACCGAGGAGCAGGCAGAAGCAGCCGUGAACAUCGUAAACAAGGCUGUGAAUGACGGCAUCUCGUCGAUCGCUAAAAAUUUGGUUACCAAGGAAACCUUGAACUCCAUUGCAUACCAGCAGAAAGUUGAUUUUGCGAAGUUGAAAGGUGAACUUCAGACAAUGGACAAGUCUGAGUUCACAAACCUCAAGAAGGAACAAGAGCAGUUGCGUACAAAUUUGACGAAUCUUCAAAAUAGACUCAAAGAGGAAAUCACAAAGAACUCUGCUGGAGUGAGGCUCGAUUUGAAUUUGGAAAAGGGCAGAAUACGUGAGGAAAGUUCACUUCACGAGCUGAAAAUCGAAGAUACGUACACGAGAAUUGACGAGGAAAUCGCCAACAUGCAAAUGCAAAUCAAGUCGGUGAAAACGCAAGUCAUGCAGUGGUUGAUCGGUGUAAGCUCUGGUACUGCUGCCUUGAUGUUGGCCUUUGUGCGUUUCUUCGGUUAA